UCCUACGCUGCUGUCGCACGCCCGACGACUACUCCCGCCCGAGCCCAGAAUUGGGCGGAGACGUAACACCUGCACCCUGGUUCCUUGUCUGGUAUACCUGAGCUCCUCAGCCAGCCACCGGGUCACUCUGAUCUUGGGCUGCGACUGCCUUUUCCUUCGACUCCUACCUCUUACCUCUCACCACCACUGCUGCCACUACCUACUUCUUCCCAUCUUCCCUCCUUCCCUCCCUCCACCACCUCCCGUCUCCCUCCCCCUCCUCCUCCAUUUCCUGCGCUUCCCCACCCAGCCUUCAGCCUUCUACCGCUGAACGAGCUCACCGUCACGAGCCAGAGAGUGUCACCAACUAGCUCCAGCCUGAAGAGACAAAUAGGCAGCAAAAGGCAGACAUGUCCCGCUUCCGCAACGACGACCUGGCGUAUGGAGACAUACCGCAGAGAUGGGACAGAGAGCGCUUCGAGCGUCUGGGCGCCAGGGGACCUGCUCUUCCCCCUCGACGAUUCGAAGAGGACUACCAGUACACCGAACGAGACCGCCCAGGUCGCCGAGAUAUUGCAGUCAUGGACCGGGUGGAGAGUCGUGGCCCGAGAGGUCGCUAUGAGGAGCGCGAUCGCUUCUUCGAGGAGGAACGCAUGGCUCCGUCGAGACCUCCGAGGCGAUCAGACCGGGAGCUGUUCGGCGAUAUCGAUCCUCGAGAGCUUGCUGAUAUGGCACUGGUGCCGCGACGCAACAGCAUCAGCAGAGAGGAGCUGGAUAUCCACGUCCGCCCAACACGUCCGGGCCUGUUGAGAAGACAGAGCAGCUUGGACACCUUCGACCGCCGGCCAGGACGCUAUGAGCACGACGAGUACCGCAUCGCCCCGUACACGCCAGUUCCCCUGCCCAUACGCCGCCGCCGAGACCACUAUUAUGACGACGAUCGGCACUACCGUGACUAUGACCAUUACUACGAGCCACCAGAGGGCUACCGUGAAGUAGAGAUCCAGCGAGAACGCUCGGUGCACCGGAGGCGCGGCAAAAAGAGUGAAAAAUCAGCGGGGAAGAGCGAGAGCAGUGCGAGCAGCAGUAGCAGUAGCACCACUAGCAGCAGCAGCGCUUCUGCCGUGAGCGAAGCCAAGCCUCCCAGCAAAGCUCCCAGUAAAGCUCCCAGUAAAGCUCCUAGCAAAGCCCCAAGCAAAGCUCCCAGUAAAGCUCCGAGCAAGGCUCCAAGUACAAAGAAGGCGAAGAGCGAGAAAGCACCUACGACCGUAUUGACCGAGUCCAGCUUAGCAAGUCUGCCUGAAGCGCCUCCUCCUCCCCCACCUCGACCAAUCGAAAGCGUACACGAAACUCUGAUCCAGGAGAGCAUUCAUGAGGAGAGGAGGUUCAAAAAGGGCAAAACACGGAUGCCGAAACGACUCGUCCGCGUGGAAGCCAUCAUGGAUCUUGGCUAUCCUUUCGAGGAGGAAGAGUCUUUCUAUGUCUUGCAGAUUGCCUUGGAGAAGGAGCAGAUUGAUGAAGUGAUCAAGAUCAGCGAGCAGUACAAGGACGGAGAGAAGAAGAAGGUAUACCGCUUCGAGCAGCCUGUCGAAGACGCCGUGCCGCCGCCCCCCGUGGGUGAGCAUGAAGUACUGGAACGCACGGAAUGGAUCAACCCACCCACUGUGAUUGAGCGCCGCGGCUCCCCAAGCGCAAAAAGCAGCAUCAGUCAAAUGCCACGAUCUCGCUCCCGACGAACUUCUUCUCCUGCACCCCUCGCACCACCUCCUCCGGCCGCGCCCGAAUACUACGAAGAGCGAAAGACGAUCAUCGAGGAGCGCGCACCCUCCCACCACCAUCACGCUGGCAGUCUGGUGCUCUCGGAACGCCACCACCAAUCCGACCGCGACAUCAACCAAGAAAUCCGCGCUCUCGAGGCGGAACGACGUGCCUUGCGACUCGAGCGCGACGCCGAGCAGAAGCGCGAUCUCGCGAUGCGGAUACGCGAUCCUUCUUCGGAGGAAUUCCAGAUGGUCGAAUAUCGCAAUCGCAGCCGUCCUCGGGGCGAUCUCGUGGUGUAUGAACGGGAAAAGAGUCCACCGAGAAAUGUGAUACGGGUGGAGAAAGACCGCAAAGGUAGGAUGGCCUUGGUUCGGUCUUCACAUUGAGUUGGUGAGGCCGUGCUCCACGCGUUCCUGGUGGAGAUGGAAAGUUUGGGCUGACUGUUGUGUGUAGAACGACGGAAUGCUAAAAUCGUCGCUGCUGCCAUGGCUACGCUCAGCUGAGGGGGAUGAGUUGGCACAUUGCAACAUGAUCGGGACGUGAAGAUGAGGAAUCACUAGUUUGGAAAGCCGCAUUUCUUUUCGAUUUGUUCAGAGAUAGCACAUUAUACGACAGUCACGAAGAUAUCUACGUGUGGGUCACGCAGCGCGCAUGCCCUUUAUUAUUAUUAUUAUUCUUACCUACCUGAUCUAUGGAGGAACUUGACUCUUGUCCCCAUCUUCCACCAUUAUUAAGACGUGGAGGGGGAGAACC